AUGGUGGAAAAACAGCAACUAGCGAAAGGGUUGGAUGACAUGAAGUCAGCCAACGUGUCGGAAAUUCUCGAUGCAGGGGAAACAGAAAGUGCUUUUCGAACUAUCCUUCCUCACUUCUUGAUAGCAAUGGGGUGUCCAGCAUCCAUUUCGGAAUUGGAGGAAAAGUUGAAGUGGUUUCAGAAAACCCACACUAGAACAACUGUUGAGAUUUUCAAGAAGCCUGACCGCAAAUUGGCAAAGGGUUAUCUUGAAGCUAUCAUCACUAACAGAGAUUACAAGAAUGCCUUCACUACUACUUUGAGCCUGACUUCUUCUGAAGACUCAGGAGAACAUCCGGCCGUGUUGCCAGCUACAGCGGUCGCUGCUAUUCCACACGAAGCCGCCGCCGCUGUAUUGGCUGAUCAUUUGAAACUAAACAUUGCCCCGCCCUUUAGCAAUGAAGAAAAAAGCCAGCCUCUCCAAAGGGCAUUGCCGCUACUAGAACACGCCGAAAUGUGGCCCAGAGAACAACAAUCUGUUUCAGCCAAGGCAGUUACGAAGCGCAAGAGAGCACCCGCCAAAAAGGACGGCGACAACGACAAGCCGGAAGACAAGGUAACGAAGGCCAAAAAGAUAAGCCGGUAG